CGAAGUUGCCAUGCCCAUUUGCAUUUGAAUUUUUCAUGGAACCAGGGUUAUGAUAAUAACCUAACAUUAUAGUUGGUAAAGGUAAGGAAAGGGGGGUGACUUGUUCAGGGUCACACAGUGAGUGACCUGGGAUUUGAACCCGGGACCUCCUGGUUAUAAUCCCUUUUAUUUAACCACCAGACCACACAGCCACACGAUUUAUUAGACAUUGAUAUGCUUAAUUUAUUCAGACCUGGAUGAGAUGCUAGACAAAGAGUCGUCAAUAUAUAUCUUCACUUGUAAUGGAACUUGAAAUAGACUUUCUUCAACACUUAAUAACAUCUCUUAUUUCUAAUUAAAGAAAAUAUAUACAGAUUUCCCUGAAAACCAGGUCAAUGAAGUCUUUGGAAUGCUUUGAUCUUCAUUAAAAGUGGUUAUCCAAAUUAAAAAAUGUAUUAGGACAGAAUAAAUAAUAAACUGCAGUGGACAAAAGAAACUACAAUAAAUAGAAGUACCAUUGGGAAAGUUGUUCUUUGUUAUACAACAACUAGUCUCUGCUCUCCCAGCCAUUCUGUUAUUACUCAAUAACACAAAAGAUGACCCUAAUUAACAACACCUGUUCUAAAACCCAUGCUUACUAAUGAAACGCUUCACAGGGACAAUCGAGCCCUGCUCUCAAAAAGUUAACACUUUCCGUGCUUUCUAUUUUAACCAUUACAAAGAGCAGUUCUGAAACUUGCCAAGCAAAACUGAUACAAAAAAGGUAUCAUACUUUCCUUCUCCUCAUGUAUUGCUGAUUUUUAGAUCUUGUUUUGUUAAUCUUUUUACAAUCAAAAAAUUAAGGUGUUGGGCUGUAAUAUUUACAUAAAGUACUACUGUUUAGAUGUUCGUGUGACCCAGCAUUAGCCAAGUGGGAAUGCGAGUGUCAAUCUAGCAAGGGUUCAAUAAAUAUAGUAGCGAAGCACAGAAAAAAAACAAGCUUGAGUCAGGAAAUGUGGUUCAGUAGACAGAAGAUACACCAACAUAGGAACAGCAACUCUUCCUAGCAUAACUACUACCCCAACCCAAGAUGGUAUUAUUUGCACUUACUGUAAACUAUACUUUAUUAUAUGUUAAGCUUACAUUGUAACCUUGUUUUUAUGUUACACGCAGCAGUAGUUCGUAGACACUCGGCCUAUGUGCAGCUCCAGGGGUAGAACUAUAAAAUGUAAUAUUAAAAAGAAGAAAAAAACAAACAAAAAACCCACUGUACUUCUCCCAUAUCGUAUUACUACGCCAAAUGAGAGAAGAAUUCCAUAACGAGGUUACAUGAUACUAGGUGGCUUUACGACUUCUCUAACGUUCCUGUGACUCGGGUCCCUCUUUCGUCACUGGCAACUCUGGAACUGUAAAAACUCAAUUUCCCAUGCAGCCUUGUAACAACGCCUUCCAAUGCCCCCCUUCCACGCGAUGGUAUCCCUGAAAAAUUAAUGAAAAUGGCAGCCUCCGGAAAAGACUCUGGGUCGGGGGCCGAGUCUUCAGCAGUUUUUCCACCAACUCUCCUUAGGUCCCCUAGCACGAUUUUCAGCGAGAAUGUGCACCCGGCGGUGUCCGGGAUGGUCAGCCACCUUUUCACGCAGCAGCCGAUGGCCCUCAAAUUCGACAAGAACAUCAAACAGGCCUUCUACAAUACGGGCGCUAUGAUAUUCGUAGCGAUCUGCUGUGGGGCUUCCGUGUUGGUGUACUUUAUUCUGGAGGCAUUUCUCCGGCCGCUGCUUUGGGCUGUGCUGUGUGGCACUUUCCUUCACCCUUUCAAGUACUCUCUCGCCCGAAUCGGCAGGAGGUGGCUGUCCAGCCUCCAGGAUACUGGCACGCCGAUAGUACUGGGGACUGUGUUGCUUCCGGUGUGGUUAGUUAACUACUUAGUGGAAACACUGGGAGACCUGGUUCUAAAGAGGCUCAAGGCUCUGCUGUUGCUCGUUGCUGGGGUGCCUGUGCUUUUUUUCCUUUACUAUUUCGGGAGCGUCAUCAGAGUGCAGGUGAUAAUUGGACACGUCUGCGGAUUUAUCUACAGCGCAUUGGACUACUUCAGUGCAGUUUGGGUUUUGACCCUAGUUGUCGGUUACUUGUUGGCUGUGCUGUUCAAAUGGACUCCCAGCACACAGCCUUAUUUGAGAGCCAUUUCUGUGCCUGUGUGGACGGUCCUUCUCUUCUAUUUGGCCUCAGUGACUGGCCCAUGGCGGACCCCUGUCUUCUUGAUCAUCGUUUCCCUCAUGAUCGUGGGCACUCUACACGGAACACAGAAAGUCAGUGGGAAAAGUGGUGAGCUCUCCAGCAAAGUGCUUUUCAUGGCUGCCAGCACCAUCUCCAUGGCGAUCUCCUACAGUGGCCUGGUAGAGUCUCAUGAACAUCAUCCUGCAGCCCCUCCCCCAGGAUCCGGGAAUGAGAGUACCCCCUCCUCCAGCUCCUCUCCUCCCUCCGGUUCCAGUGGCCGACUGCGGCCUGACUUCUGCAUCUUCCUGCAGAAGAAGCGGAAGACCAGCGAUAUCUACUUCGUGCUACUGGUCUGGGCCAUCGUCCUGGUGCAGCUCUGGCUCAACCUGUGGAUUCUGCAGCUGCUUCCUGUGCCCGUAGCUGUGUGGGUUGUGAAGAAGCUGGUCCAGCACUUCGGUCUAAUGAACUUUGCCAAGAGAAACCUGGUUUCCGGGUGGGAGAUGUUUGAGAAAUCUUUGAUGGAGCGGCAGGACGCGCUGGCUCCGGGGCCCAUCAAGGGCCUGGGACGCUUUCUUGUAAAAGUCGACACAAAGCUGUGGCAUUGGCUUAACAAGCAGAUGAUCAUCUGGCUGGAGAGGUCACUGGAUAAACUAAUCAGUAUUUUCAUCAUCCUCCUGCUGGUCAUGGGGACCUUACUGCUGGCCCUGCUGCUCACUGCAAAGGUACACCAGGAGAGUGUACAUAUCAUUGAAGUGACCAGUGGCCUGAUCAACGAGACCGUCGCAAACCACCCAGAGUGGGCCAAUAUGCUUCCAGAAUCUCAGGUAGUUCAAAAGGCAGUAAAUUCUGCUGCUAAUAACGUCUAUCAGUAUGGGAGAGAGUGGAUAACGAACAAGCUACACAAGAUUUUAGGGGAGAAGGUUAAUAAUACGGCUGUGAUUGAGAAACAAGUCCUGGAGCUGUGGGACCGGCUCUAUCAGUCCUGGUUUGUGAAGAACAUCACCCACUCAGGACGACACCGCAGUCACAAGUUACAAAUUAACCGUCAGAACAGCUGGCUGGGAGACAUACUGGACUGGCAGGACAUUGCUUCCUUUGUGCACGAGAACAUUGAAACCUUCUUAUCUAUCCUGGAGUCCUUGUGGAUUGUCAUGAGCCAUAAUGUCAGCCUGCUCUUCACCACCACCACCACACUGCUGACCGUGCUCUUCCACAGUGGAACAGCGCUGCUAAACUUUGCACUGUCUGUGGUGAUUUUCUUGACCACGCUGUUUUACCUGCUGAGCUCCAGUGGUGAAUACUAUAAACCUGUGAAAUGGGUGAUCAGCCUGACGCCACUGUCCCAGCCAGGACCCUCCUCCAAUAUAGUCGGUCAGUCUGUGGAGGAAGCUAUACGAGGUGUGUUUGACGCUUCCCUGAAGAUGGCUGGCUUCUAUGGACUGUACACAUGGCUUACACACACUGUAUUUGGAAUCAACAUUGUCUUCAUUCCAUCAGCCAUGGCUGCUAUCCUGGGAGCUGUUCCUUUCCUGGGGACGUACUGGGCAGCGUUGCCGGCAGUCUUGGACCUGUGGCUCGCACAGGGAGAGAGUGUCAAAGCUGUGCUGCUUCUGGUCUUCCAUCUGUUACCAACCUACUUUGUGGACACGGCCAUCUACUCCGAUAUAUCUGGCGGAGGGCACCCCUAUCUGACGGGUCUGGCGGUGGCGGGAGGAGCCUACUACCUGGGCCUGGAAGGAGCGAUCAUGGGGCCGAUCCUGCUCUGCAUCCUGGUGGUGGCCUCCAAUAUCUACAGCGCCAUGCUUAUGAGCCCAAGCAGCUCCCAGGCCACCCCAGUGCAGGCAGCCUGGCCUCUGAGCACACACAGGGGGUUUACAGAGAGUCCUGACGACCCAAAGGAAGACACAGACUGAGGGGAGGAAGGGAAGGAAGCCACGACAUGCUUUGUGUGCCGGCUGCCCGUGGCUCCUACACUGCAACAUGCCAAAUGAGUGGACAGCGAGCAGGCGUUUCUUUUCACAGCCUUACACUUAGUCCUUUGCACUUAGUCUGUCAAGCAGACAAGCCUGCCUCAUGUCAUUUUGCACAAAACCCAUCAGGGCUCUCCUGCCGCUCCUGUAGUGGGGAGCCAGGGUGCUCGGCUGUCUCUUUAUGUAAACCUGUAGUUGCAGAGUAACCUUAUAAGGCGAGGCAACUUUCUUUCAGUCAGUUUUAGAGGCUGCAGAAGCUUUCUAAGAUUGUUUUUUUUUUUCUUUUGAGUUAAAAUCCUUGCAUUCUGAAACCUCAAGUACUGUUCAGCGUACAGCCUUUAAAAAGGCAGUCUUGCAAAAAAAAUGCAGUCAGAAACCUAUUUUUUGUAAUUUUGUUUUGUUACGGUAGAUAACAAAGCCUACAAUAUGUUUAAGAUAGUUCCAUGUGUAAUAUUGUUCAUUUGAAACCGUGUCUCUUAAGCGCCCUAUGACAUGGUCCUGUUAUAGUUACAUUUACAUUUCAGUUCUGCUAACCUUUCCCUUUAAGUAGGGCUGUUGUUUUAAUGUUUUUUUCAAAUUGUUGGUUAUAACUCGUAAUAUAUUUAAUAGAUUUUUAAAUUAUUAUUAUUUUAAACAUGAAAGGCAUAAGUCAAGGGGUAAAGGGUGAAAAUAACAGAUUUUAUAUUUUAAAUAUAAAUAGUGGGUGGGUAACUAACCACAGAAUUGUUUCCAUCUUUUGCAAGAAACAUUUACUCUGUUGACGCACAGCACUGAACACCGUAUAGUAUGUGCUUUAAGAAAGUACAAAGAUUCACUAAGCUUUUGUAUGCUUCUGUAAAAACUACUUGUGUAGACUUCCAAUUAAGAGAUAAGGUUUAUUCGGUGUGUCCUAGUGGAGUAGUCAAUCAAGCAUUAUUGAAAUAGCUAGUGUGGUUGUUUGGUACUGCUGGCGCAAUGUGUUUGUUUGAGACUACAAUGUUACUGCAAUUUAAAAUUUGAAUAUGUCAACCACAUUUAUUACACCAGUCCCCUAAGGUCUCAAGUGGUGUUAGAAUUUGUUCUUUUUUUUUUUUUUCUAAAGUGAUUCAGACGGUACUCUGUUGCUCAGCUGUUUUUUUAAACUACAGUGCUGUGGGUUUCAUGCAAUUCCAAGAUGAAGGUCUGAUAAGGUAGUGUAUCAGUUAUUAUAUUAAGCAGGUAUACAGCUUUGACUAUUAUAUCAACGCAUAUUCCUACUAGCAGCCAUUGCCUAACUGGCAGUUGAACUCUGUAACUCUCAUUUCACAUUCAAGAAAAAUAAGUUUAAAAAAAUCUAUAUUAUUAUGUAUUAUUUCUGGUCAGUGACUUGUAUUAAGUGAGGGCUUGACAUUCUUUGUGUCAAUUGGUAUGUCUGUGAUCUGCACCAGGUUCCUGCUAGAAUAAGAAAGAGCUUUAUGAUGUUAGUCAGAUGUUUUCCUUUGCUAGGCUUCAAAUCCAGAUUCUCUGUUCCCUACGUUGAUGCAUACCAAUGUGUACAGUGCCCCACAUUCUUUUAGCAGAUGCAAUUGUUGUGAAUGGUUGUUUACCGCAGUGUUGAACAGGAAAGGCAUUUUUUCACUUUUUUUUUUUAUAAUGAAAAUGACAUCAUCUCUGAUCAAGUUAAGAAAAUAGCUGCUGUCUUUUGAAUGUAACAAAAAAUGUGAUGGUUUGUCAACUCAUUUACCAUGCUUUCUAAACCGCUUUUACUCUUUACAUUGAUUUUGUAUAUCAAACUCUACCUAGUUUAAGGAUUCAUUUAUAAAUGAUCUAAUAAUGUGUUACAGGUUUUAAUAUGAGUAAAUAAGGAAUUACAGUUGAUUACUGUGGCAUUUUAAUUAUACAGGACCUGUGUAACGCUUUGUCACAGUCUCAUAAACCUGUUUAUGUAGUCUGUUAUUAUCAUUAUUAAUAGCUGCCUAAUUAUAGCAUUCUUUUAUAACACAUUAUUUUUGAUUGUUUACAAUGAAUCCUUCAGCUUGAGUUGUACUGAUUUGAACUGACAAUGACAAGAUAUGAUAACAAACAGUGGCAUGUAAUUUACAGGACAAACAAUAUGGAACAUGACAUCCAAGGACUUUUAAAGUGUUGCAGCAUAAAGGUUCUUACAGUAACGUACGUGACGUGUGACACAUGGAGUAUAUUGUAUGCACAUAACAAUGUCUUGCACAGAUUGUAUUGCAGUAUUAUCAUUAAUGAUGCUGACUGCUUUAUUUUAAGGAGUAGUCGUUUACAGUAGAGGAAAAUACUGUCAUUUUUAGAAUUUCACAUAGGAUAUGUAAAGAAUUUUUUUUUUGCUAUUUAGCACCAACACUACAAAAUAACUAUUUGUAAUCAUCUGUUGUAUUUCAUUAAAAAAAAAAAAUAAAUCAGGGUCCUUAAUUUAAAUCAGUGUUGCUACCAUAGCUAUACUUUAUAACUGCCCUAAUUUUUAUUUAAUCUAGACCUUAGCUAUGUAAAUGGCAGUGCCAUACUUUUGAUUGAAUUCAGUAAUAAAAUACCAAAAUAAUGUCAAUGAAAAAUAAAAUAUUUGGAGAAAAGGGCAAAAACCCCAUAUGCACGUUUACAUACACAUUUUCGCAGUAUUUUUGUUUCAUUUGUGUUGUUUUGCCCAUGGUUAUACUGUACAUCCCGUGCUCAACCAUGAUAAACUGCAUUUGUUUGUCUUUUACAAUUCUUUAGCAUUUUACAGAAGACGCUCGAGAAAAAAAUAUUUUAGUAUGACUACAUUUACCACGAUUCAGUGUGCUUUUACGAUGCUCUUUCACAUUUAGCCACAGUUAACUUUUAUUCAGGGAAAUGGAUAAAAAAUGAGGAAACAAAGGAAGAUAAAAACUGGACAAUAUGUUAAGGAGUUAAGAUGUGUAUAUGAAAGCAAUAACACACAACAGGGUGUUAAAAGAAAUGCCCAAUAUCUGCACAUCAAGGCAAAGCCAAGAGCCCUUAAACAGGUAGGUGUGCAGAUUUCUGAUCAUAUUUGAAGACCCUGGGAUGUGUCAUUGGUUGUCAAUGGAGUCAGACGGUGAUUCUGAAAGUUCCAAGCUGUGUGGGUAUGGUGACAUAUCUGCACAGUUUGGGACACCACUAAGAUGUCUAGAAUACAGUACUGAGCUGCCUGGAAAUGUUCAAGAUCAGCUUAGAAAUGACUGAUUGGUUUGAACACAGCAAGAAUAUCAAGUAAAACAGAUGUUAUAUGUUUUUUUUUUUUUUUGCAAAAUGAACCUACAAUAUAAAACAUGUGCAAUACAUGUAAAAGUGGUUGGUGUUAAAAAGUAACUAAUCCAUAGUGUCUAUAGCAUUACUCAACCCGUUACAUUAUGCAUAUAAAGUAUAUUACCUACAUGCAGUUGAAAAGCAGAGGGGAAAUAUCAUUAUCAAAAAGGCUUGUGUCUCGACGUGUAUGACAGCGUGUUCAAGUUCCCGCCAAUAUCCAGCAACUUCACACAGCCAUUGAAGAGGAGUGGGAC